GCAGGGCUCUCCAGGAUUACCAGGACAAGUGGGUGAGCCUGGGAAACCAGGUGUCCCGGGGAGAGAUGGAGUGCCAGGAAUAGAAGGGGAACCUGGACUGCCUGGGAAAAUGGGUGUCCCAGGACCGGUAGGAUCCACAGGCCUGAAAGGAGAACCUGGCGAUGCUGGGCCCCCAGGACAGACUGUUGCGGGACCUCCUGGAGCAAAAGGCGAGAAGGGUCCACCAGGUGAUUUUGAUGGGGAACUUCUGGGGAAACCGGGUGUCAAGGGCGAUCGAGGCAUACCAGGCCCUCGAGGAGAAAAGGGGGAACAUGGUGGCCAGGGGGAACCUGGAGAUCCUGGAGAAGAUGGUUCACUUGGGACUGGUGUCCAAGGACCUCCUGGGCAGAUUGGACCUCCAGGCUUGAAGGGAGACCCUGGUUUGCCUGGCCUACCAGGGCCCCCAGGUUUGCCAGGUGCAGCUGGGACACCAGGCCAGCCGGGCCUGAGAGGAGAGAAUGGACAGCCUGGCCAACUGGGACCUCCAGGAGAGAGGGGUCUGAUUGGCUUCCCUGGGAGAGACGGCACUGCAGGAUCUCCGGGGCCACCAGGACCACCAGGGCCAGCAGGUGCACAAGGCAUCCCAGGAGAGAAAGGUGACAAGGGAAAUACGGGUAUUGGACAGCCAGGUGCUAGAGGCGAACGAGGAGAUCCAGGUUCCCGGGGUGAAGAUGGGCGGCCAGGGCUGGAGGGAGAUCGCGGGCCUGCGGGGCCUCCAGGAAACAGAGGGGAGAGAGGUGAUAAAGGAGACAUUGGGCUUAUGGGGCCAAAGGGAGACAAAGGCGACACUGCCGUCGUGGAGGGCCCAGCAGGUGCUCGGGGGAAUAAAGGGGAGCCAGGAGACCGUGGCCUAAAAGGGAUGGAAGGUGACAAAGGUGACAAAGGAGACCAGGGCAUCCUUGGAGAGAAGGGAGUGAAAGGUGAGCAGGGAGAGAAAGGAUCGGCAGGUUUCCCAGGUGCGCGAGGUCCUGGUGGGCAGAAGGGAGAAGUUGGUGAGUCAGGAGAGCCAGGAGAGCCGGGUCUACCCGGGAAGGAUGGCAUUCCAGGAACCAGAGGGGAGAAAGGCGACCUGGGACCCAUUGGAAUACGAGGCCCGAAGGGGGACCGAGGAAUGAAAGGUGCCUGCGGCCAGGAUGGCGAUAAGGGGGAGAAGGGAGAGCCGGGCCUGCCGGGCCGAAUGGGACUUGCUGGAAGGAAGGGUGACCCUGGAGAAGUGGGCAUGCCUGGAACCCCAGGAAUCCCCGGGAAAGAAGGCCUCAUAGGACCCAAGGGCGACAGGGGAUUUGAUGGCCAGCAAGGAUCCAAAGGAGACCAGGGAGAAAAGGGGGACAGGGGCGCUCCAGGCAUUAUUGGUUCUCCAGGACCCAGGGGCAGUGAUGGACCCACAGGGACCCCCGGGCCUCCUGGCAACGUUGGCCCAAAAGGCCCAGAAGGGAUGCAGGGGCAGAAGGGUGAAAGAGGGCCCUCAGGAGAGUCGGUUGUAGGAGCUCGAGGAAUCCCAGGUGUGUCAGGAGAAAGAGGAGAGCAGGGCAAUCCAGGGCUCGAUGGCCCCAGAGGAGAGAAAGGAGUGCCUGGCAUGACGGAAGAAGAGAUCCGACUGUUCGUCAGGCAGGAGAUGAGCCAGCACUGUGCUUGUGGAGGACAGUUCUCACCUCCUGAACGACGUCUCCUCCCCAACUAUCCAUCCACCCAACCGUUCCCGUCUCUUAAUGCUCAAAUAGUCCCUGUGCUUAAGUUGUCACACACUGAGGAAGAGGAAGGGGGCCAGGCCCGAAAAAUAGUGAACAUAGAUGACCCUGUGUAUGAGUACUUCUACCCAGAGGAGGACUAUGAAGAGGGCCUGGGAGCAGAUGGGACAGAGAGCACUAUGCUGAGGGAUGAAGUAAUGAGCCCAGGGGCAGCUCCCAAGCAUGGACGGCAAAAGAGAGCUCCUUCAGAGCAAGAUGAGCAAUGCACCUUGCCCCUGGAUGAGGGAGACUGUGACAGAUACACACUACGGUGGUACUACAACCGAGGUGUAGCCGAGUGUCGUCCCUUCAUCUACAGUGGCUGCAGAGGGAAUCGCAACCGCUUCAACUCCAAGGAGGACUGUGAGCGCCAGUGCAAGCCACAGGCAGAUUCAGGUGCCAGCACAUUGGAUAGGAACAGAAGUGUAUAAACUCUGAAGCGGGUUUCCUGUUCUGGGAGAACUGGAGAAGUGACCAAAAGAAGCAGGCCCAGCUUUUGAGGCUUCCGACCCAUACCUAACCUGCACAAAGUCUUCGACCUACACACACACAGUGCAAUUUGGUCUGAGGCUCACCUUGCUGCCAUUUCU